AUGGAUAAAGUUGGUUUCGAGGCUCGAUUGCGCUCACUCCUGAUGGAAUAUUUGUCCGUCACAAACACACGGACAAUGACCCCAGUGAGAAAACACAUUCUGCAGCUGAUGAUAUUUUUGUACGGAGAAGAUAAUUUCAGUGAAACUGGUGGAUUCUCUUACUCUAAGCAUAAAGAUGUAGCUGAUCAACAGAAAAAGUACAUUCUGUUUAGCUAUCUUUUUAUGGAGGCGUUGAAGAAAAAUACGAUAACUGAUUCCGACUUGACCACACUCCAGAGAAUGUGGGGCCAGCACCUCCUAUCCCUGGUCAAUAGCGAUAUGGAAAAGAAAGCUGAGACAUACGAACAAAUUCUUCAUGAGAGUGGGGAGACAGUUUUUAACAUCAAACUAUUUCAGCGAAAUCUAGAGAAAAUGAAAUUUGGCGAACCAAAGAAACAAGAGCUAAUGAAAGGCCACGUAAUAAAGAUUGGAGUUCACCCGUUUCGCUUCCGGAGACCCAGAGUUUUGGAAAGACUUAGAAUGUCACUGAAGAAUAGGUUUGGCCGAGGAGAUCCAAGAGAUUUCUUCAUGCUGAAGUUCCAAGACAUUGAGUAAAAUGUGGCGUUUUAGUCACCUGGCUAUGAGUUUUGUUGUGGCCUUCUAGUCACCUGUCUAUUUAAAUUUGUUUUCUUGUUUUAAGUUACCUGACUAUGGACUUUUGUUGUAGCGUUUUUUUCACUUGACUACAAAGUUUUGUUGUGGCGUUUUAGUCACCUGGCUAUGGAUUUUUUGUUGUGGUGUUAAUCGCUUGACUAUGUG